UCUUCAGAAUGCGCUUUAUUGUGACUUCCUGCAAUGCUCCGUAUAAAUAAGCGUAUUUGGUUUCCUUGAAAGUAGUCCUGCAGAAUGCACUUGGCAAGGAACGCGCACAAGCUGUCAUUGCCUAUAGAGCGGCGUGCAUGCAUAUAUAGACAUGCAGAGACUUGGUUUCCAUAGAGCAGAAAUAGCAGAAGGCAGCGUGUUUUAAAAACUUCUCUGUAAAUGGUUUAUCUUGGUAUUCUUUUUUAAAUUGUUUUCGCAUAAAAAGGUAGUAAAUGAUUGCCUGGGUAUUGUCUUCCAAUAUCGUCGGGUCCGCAUGCGAACUUUUUAUUUGACACUUGUCAGUUUAUUAUUUAUUAAACCAUAGAAGUCCAGUGGAUAGUCUUUCAUCAGCCGACUGUGUUUUGAAAUGCAAAUCAGAAGCGAGCUGCACUUAAUUAUUUUCCUGGCGUUGUAUAACUUUUCUACAGCAUCUGAUGGAACUUCUGCACUCACGAAAACGGACCCGCGCAAUGCUAACCUCUGCUCCUGGAUUUCUGCAACAGGCGGGCGCGUUCAUUACGGUUUCCUCCGCCAGUCAGCUGGGACGCUGCGUCUGUACCUUAGCACGUGGACAGAAAGCCAGCGCCUCGUAGACUGCGUGAUCAUCCAGGAGCGCGAGGUCACCGAGAGCUACCUGUCUCUCUGUCAGGAGAAGCGCGCCGCAGAUUUCUCCGGAAAUCUAGAGGAGCGGUUUAACACCUCCCUCCUGCUCGCACCCGGUAGCCCGUGCGUGCUUGGCUCUGUGGCCGGAUUCGAACCUUCCGUUCGUCUGACGAGGGACCUGGAAGAUGCUGAUCUUGGACGAGCCUCGCUGCGGAAUCCCGCGGUCAGCUCGGGACCGGAGCUCCGGCGCCGAAAGAGAGCCUGGAUAUUCCCCGGCACGCUCUGGUGUGGAAUGGGCUCGAAGGCGAACGCCUACGAUGAUAUCGGUCUGUUUGAGAAGGCGGACAGGUGCUGCCGGGAACACGACCACUGCAGCCACACCAUCCGCGCCUUCAGGGUCAACUACGGCGUCUUCAACUCCAACUUCUUCACCGUGUCCCACUGCGAGUGUGACCUCAGGUUCCGCCAGUGUCUGCAGGGGGAAAAUGACACCAUUGCUAACAUGGUGGGCUACAGCUUCUUCAACAUGAUGAAGGUGCCGUGUUUCACCUUCAUCCAAAAGAAGCACUGCACCCAGCUCAACUGGUGGGGACUGUGUAAAGCAGUGGAGGUGGCUCCCUAUGCUGUCUUCAGUUAUCCAACCCCAUACAACUCCACUCAGCUGGUGCAGGUGGUCGAGGGGGCGGAGGUCACUGCUGUCCCAACAUCCCCUGCAGGAGAACGUGUUGUCAGUUCCUCUUCAGCCUCCCAUCAUGUGACCUCGCCCGCCAGAAACAGCACGACCCCCCGGGGGAGGGGCAACAAGUGCCCACUGCAGGGCGGCGAACCCAAGACCUCCACGCCUAGGGGGCGCUGUGGUGCCAAGGGCCCGGCGCGGGGGGAUACCUUCCUGCCCAGCCAGAAGACGUCAGGCAGUGGGAAAAGAAGGAAAGCUAAUGUGCUAACUGCUUCUCCGGUACCGAGAACCACCACCACCUCUACCACCACCUCCUCUACCACCACCACCUCUACCACCACCACCUCUACCCCCACGACUCACAGAGCUGUUGUGAGGAAGACCACGCCAUUGCAUGCUGGGAAGAGUGGGGGUUCCAAAAACGCCCUCCCCUCUGACCUGCCCUGGGCCCCCCCGAAACAUGCCGUCAGUAACCUCCCUGCGCCCGUCAAAGGCUCCAGACACAAAGGCAAACUGCAGCUCUGUGACUGCUACAAACAGCUGGACGAGUGUCAGCACAAGAUCCUCCCGCACGAGGAGAAAUACGGCAUACGCAACGUCGAGAACAAGAUCCUGUACCACUGCAACUGCACGCGAGGGCUAUCCCAGCAGCUGCGCCAGCUGAGUGACUCCAGCGCUCUGCUCCAGUCGCUGCUGCUGGACUUUGUGUCCCUGUCCUGCUUCAAAGGGCUGCACCUGGCGGACUGCCUGCAGAGGAGACGCUGCCGGGCGGUUCUCUCCGAAUCCAAGCACCUGACGCAGACGCUGAAGAGGCUGGGGGUCCCCGAGGUCAUCAGGGACCCCGCGGGGGCCACCCCAAAAGUGAAACGACGGAACUCGAGAAAAGUCAAGAGGGGAAGAGGCAAAAGCACCCCGGUCAGAUUCUACAACCGGUGUCUACGGAUUACGAGCAAACUGGAAUGACAAACUUAGUGUUCUUGAAGAAGAACACUGGUUUUCGAUGGACAUCAAGCUUUUUGUUGGGGAAGAUCGAUGUUUUAUCUGAAACCACAUCUAUUCCUCUUAAAUCUGAGCUUAAUUUUAAUAUUUUAUGAGACCAUGGAAAUGUAAAUACAUUCAACAUACAGAAGUAUGUAAAAAAUUCUGCCUAUUAAGAUUAUGUUCCACUGAAAACACAUCUUUGGUCUUCCAGAUCAUCUCAGAGGUACAUACUUCAAUUAUGAGGUUUGAAAAAGCUAAAAUUCCGACAAAAUAUGUAAAUUCUAAAUUUAAAGUUAAAAGCCCCUAAAGCUUAAAUAAUUCUGCUGGAUAUGGAGUAAAGGUUUGCAAAGGUUCAUGAUGAUCGGAUGGCUAUGCACUGAGGAAAAUGUCCUGUAAUAUCGUCCAAAAUCAGGUUUUGAGAAAAUACACUCCAAAGAUGUAAGGUGUUCAAAAGAUGCCUCAUAUAUUGAUAAAUGAGUCGAAAUCAUCCAAAAGGUGGUAUUAUCCUGAAAGUUGAAUAGUUGAUGGAUGAUUUACAGGUAAAUUUGCCUGAAAAUGUGAUUUUGUCAGUGGAACUACAAAAUGUAUUUUCUUGCAAUUGUAAAUUCCUGUUUUAAAUAAUACUUUAAACUGCACUUAAACAGAGGAUAUGAAUGGUGCUUUAAAUUUGUGUUUUAUUUUUUCAUUUGGAACUGAAUGUAUUUAAUUUAAUAUGUGUACAAAAUGCUGUCUCUUGUACAUGACCACUUUGACACUGGAACUUAUCAGAACAAUCUGAAUGUAAAAAUAUACUGAAUAUUAUAUUUUUUUGUUUAUUAUAUUAUAUAUUUUAUGCUCAGUCAUUUUACUGCUUGAAGUAAAACUUGGAUUGAUCAGAUUGUUUGAAUAAUUACUGAAUUGGGAUUGGUGAUUUCACUUGUACUGAUAUUUCAAUCAAAAUAAAAUUUUUGUCAUUACUUCAAUGUAUUUUCUAAAUAAACAGGAUUUAAAAUAAAACAUUGUACAUAACAGUA